AUGUUCUCCAGUGUUCCCAACCCAGGGAACCUAAUGUUCUCCAGUGUUCCCAACCCAGGGAACCUAAUGUUCUCCAGUGUUCCCAACCCAGGGAACCUAAUGUUCUCCAGUGUUCCCAACCCAGGGAACCUAAUGUUCUCCAGUGUUCCCAACCCAGAGAAUCUAAUGUUCUCCAGUGUUCCCAACCCAGAGAACCUAAUGUUCUCCAGUGUUCCCAACCCAGGGAACCUAAUGUUCUCCAGUGUUCCCAACCCAGGGAACCUAAUGUUCUCCAGUGUUCCCAACCCAGGGAACCUAAUGUUCUCAAGUGUUCCCAACCCAGAGAACCUAAUGUUCUCCAGUGUUCCCAACCCAGGGAACCUAAUGUUCUCCAGUGUUCCCAACCCAGGGAACCUAAUGUUCUCCAGUGUUCCCAACCCAGGGAACCUAAUGUUCUCCAGUGUUCCCAACCCAGGGAACCUAAUGUUCUCCAGUGUUCCCAACCCAGGGAACCUAAUGUUCUCCAGUGUUCCCAACCCAGGGAACCUAAUGUUCUCCAGUGUUCCCAACCCAGGGAACCUAAUGUUCUCCAGUGUUCCCAACCCAGGGAACCUAAUGUUCUCCAGUGUUCCCAACCCAGGGAACCUAAUGUUCUCCAGUGUUCCCAACCCAGGGAACCUAAUGUUCUCCAGUGUUCCCAACCCAGAGAACCUAAUGUUCUCCAGUGUUCCCAACCCAGGGAACCUAAUGUUCUCCAGUGUUCCCAACCCAGGGAACCUAAUGUUCUCCAGUGUUCCCAACCCAGGGAACCUAAUGUUCUCCAGUGUUCCCAACCCAGGGAACCUAAUGUUCUCCAGUGUUCCCAACCCAGAGAACCUAAUGUUCAGUGUUCCCAGAAUCUAA